ACCCGGCGCGCCCCCGGGAUGGCGGCGGCGGGGCUGAGCCGGGGCCCGCUGUUCCUGCGCUGCCGCUCCUGGCGGGGUUUGGCCUCCGGUACCGAUGGGGAGUCGCGCCUGGCGCGGCUGCUGCGGGACAAGUUCCCGCGGGCCUCGGCCAUCAAGGUGGUGGACAUCUCAGGAGGCUGCGGCGACAUGUACGAGAUCCACGUGGAGUCGGAGGAGUUCCGGGAGAAGCGGCCGGUGCAGCAGCACAGGAUGGUGACACAGGCGCUGAGCGAGGAGAUCAAGCACAUGCACGGCCUGCGCAUCUUCACCUCGGCCCCCAAGGGCUGAGCCUGCCCCGGCCGCAAUAAAGAGCUCCAGGGCUGCCCCCCUGGGCGUGAACCCCACCCCGUGCCGUGUGCUCAAUCCUGGGCAAUGG